AUGUUAACUGNUGUACUUUUUGAGAUCGAAAUUGACUUUGGGAAAUCGUUUGCUCUACCCUUUGCAGAUAUUUCGAUGUUCAGUCAAUUUUCCAGUGAAAAUGAAAUUCUCUUUAUGGCUGGAACACAGUUUAAAAUAAAAAAGAUCACGUAUAGUGUCGAGGAGAAUAUUUAUAUAGCAGAACUGACUUUAUCCAAUCGAUUGAAGCCGCCAUUUGAAAACUUAUGUCCGAGAAAACUUUUGAAAAAGUGUUGCGAUCAUCUCUGUGAUUGUCUGACAUCUGAGACAAGUGAAGAGAUUCAUAACUGUUUCAAUGAAUUGACUUGUUUAUUUCCUUCUGAACAACAGUGGAUAUUAGCCACAAAACAUCAAUGUCUAGCCGAGAACUGCCUUUGGACAUUGGAACCAUCUGAUCUUCAAGAAGCAUUGCUACAAUACGACCAUUCUCUGAAGAUUUGGAAAAUAUUCUUAGCUGACAUAGAUUUGAACUGUGUGAUAAACAUAGGAAAUAUUCACGAAGAUCUUGGUGCGUUUUAUUACGAAGACUUGCAAGACCGUCAUCGUGCCAUUAAACAUUACAAUCUAAGUAUUAACUAUUGCAAAAUUGCGUUGAAAUCCAGAGUGUAUGACGAAUGA